AUGAGUUUGGUUGGAAAAGUUAGGAGUUUGAUUUCUCAAGGCGUUUACUCUGUUGCUACACCAUUUCAUCCAUUUGGUGGUGCUAUUGACGUGAUCGUUGUGCAACAAGAAGAUGGUUCGUUUCGUAGCACGCCUUGGUAUGUUAGGUUUGGUAAGUUCCAAGGUGUUCUCAAAGGCGCAGAGAAGUUUGUGAAGAUCUCUGUAAAUGGCACCGAAGCGGAUUUCCACAUGUAUCUUGAUAAUUCUGGUGAAGCAUAUUUCAUCAGGGAAGUUGAUCCUGCAGCUAGUGACACCAGCAGUUUGAUUACAGGGAGUGAGAAUAGCAAUGGCAAUGAGACUAACGGCGUUGGUUUACGAAUUGAGCAUAGUUUAUCUGACGCUGGUGCUGAGCAGUUGCGAGAGGGUUUCAACUCUUUGAGUCGGCUGGAGAGGUCAGAGUCUGAUUGUAAUGGGAGGUUUUAUGAUUUUCAGGAUGAUCCGCCUUCUCCUACCUCGGAAUAUGGUAGUGCUCGGUUUGAGAAUCUGAAUGUGGAAAAUUAUGGGGAUUCUCCAGGCUCAGAUUCUGAAGUGGUUUUGGUGAGUGUUGAUGGACAUAUACUAACAGCUCCUGUGUCAGCGGAAGAGCAGCAGGCUGAGAAUUUACGGUUAAACACUCCUCAGUUUCAUUUGGCUCCUGGUGAUGGGACUGAGUUUUGUGAAGGUAAUACCGAGUUUGCUUCGUCAGAGACUUCGUGGGAGACUGAGUAUAUCAGCAAAGUGGAGUCAUCUGAUGCUGUUAAUAUUGUAUCUGAAAAAGUAGACAGCGUGUGUGAUGAGCGUAUCGAUUUAGAUUCCCAUUCUCAUGGUGAUACCGAAAAAGAUUCUGAAAGAGACCUUCUUGGGAGCUGUCUGGAGCAGUCAGAGUCGGACGAACAAGGUCUCUCUUUUGAGGACCGGAAUCUAAAAGAAGGCGAGCUUCUACCUAAUGCCAUCAUGGAAAAUGAGAGAAGUGAAGAUGAAGUGGCUAUUGAAACAAGAAAUACUCUUGUUACUGGUUCUGAAGCUUCUAUAACUCAAAUAACAACAGAAGAAGUAAAAACAACUGAGGAGGUCAGGAUUUCGGUUGAUUCUAAUACCGAGUCAGAAUGUAAGGAUGAACAACCAAGAACAUCUGCAGAAACUGCCAUUUUGAUUGACAACCAGGAAGGCGGGAUUGUAGAAUCAGACGAUCAGGCUCCUGACAGAGUCUCUAUAGAUUCAACGAGGGAGGAUGAUGAGCAACAGAGUCCAUCUAAACCGACUGAGGAGGAUAACGAGAAUGGGAAGACUGUGGAUUCAGUGGCUACGACUUCUGGUGUGGACUUAGCGAAACCUGAUAAAGGAUAUGAGCUAUCACUUUGCAAGGAUGAGCUUCGUCAGGGUAUGGGACUUAGCGCAGCUGCUGAGGUCUUUGAUGCGCAUAGGAUCUCCAUGGAAGAGUACAAAAAUUCGGCAACAUCAAUUCUUGAUAGUGAAAACCUGGUUGUUAGGAUUGGAGAAACGUAUAUGCCAUGGAAGAACGCUGCUCGAAUUGUGCUUGGGAAAGCUGUGUUUGAUCUAGACUUAGAUAUUCAGCCAGAAGACGUGAUUUCUGUGAAAGAAAAUGAGCCGAAGGAAGCUAAGGAUGAUGAAACUCCAGUUACUCCUUCCUCUGGAAGAAGAUGGAGACUCUGGCCCAUUCCGUUUAGAAGGGUUAAAACAGUCGAGCAUACAGGUAGUAACUCCUCGAGCGAAGAAGAUCUGUUUGUUGAUUCUGAACCUGGAGAACAGAACUCACCGGAACCAACAGAGAGUCGCCAUGAGUCUCCACGUAGACAACUUGUGAGGACCAAUGUUCCUACCAAUGAACAGAUCACAUCUCUGAAUCUGAAAGAUGGUCAGAAUAUAAUAACUUUUAGUUUCUCCACGAGAGUUCUUGGAACACAACAGGUCGAUGCACAUAUUUACCGGUGGAGAUGGGACACCAAGAUUGUGAUUUCAGAUGUCGAUGGAACUAUAACAAAAUCUGAUGUGUUAGGACAGUUCAUGCCUUUGGUUGGAAAGGAUUGGACGCAGUCUGGUGUAGCCAAGCUUUUUUCUGCCAUAGAGGAGAAUGGAUAUCAACUGCUGUUCCUGAGUGCUCGUGCCAUCGUUCAGGCAUAUCUAACGAGAAGUUUCUUACUUAAUCUAAAGCAGGAUGGAAAAGCUAUGCCAAGUGGUCCUGUAGUCAUUUCACCAGACGGGCUAUUUCCAGCAUUGUACCGUGAAGUGAUAAGAAGGGCACCUCACGAAUUCAAGAUCGCCUGUUUGGAGGAUAUCAGGAAACUCUUCCCAAAGGAUUACAACCCGUUCUACGCCGGAUUUGGAAACAGAGACACCGAUGAGCUGAGUUACAGAAAACUUGGAAUCCCAGAGGGCAAGAUUUUCAUAAUCAAUCCUAAGGGAGAGGUAGCAACAGGACAUAGGAUAGAUGUCAAGAAAUCUUACACGUCACUUCAUACUCUUGUCAACGACAUGUUUCCUCCAACUUCGCUUGUUGAGCAGGAAGAUUAUAACCCAUGGAACUUCUGGAAAAUACCAGUAGAAGAGGUGGAGUGA